AUGGUGCCCGGCCGCAGCAGGCCAAGACCAGACGGGCCUCGCCUGAUCUACGUGACCCGCUUCGCCUCGCACCGCCAUGGCGUGUGGCAGUUGAGGGGCCUCCGAGGUUUCGGUCGUCGAGGCCCAGGGCUCGGGGCCCGCUGUGCCCUCGAGCAAGCAGCGGCGGAGCCCGGGACCCCGGACGGAGAGCGGCCCCCCGGCUCACAGGCCGGGGUCACCGACACCCCGGAUCCCGCCGCUCUGCAGCGGAGGUCGAGAGCUCUGCCCAGGGCCCGGGAGCAAGCAGCAGCGCGAGCAGGUUUAGACCAGAAAAAUGCAGCUGAAGAGUUUGAUUUCCCCAUGCCACUGAAUGAAGCCUCCAAACUAAUGAAGGAGAGGAAAAAGGCCUCCGUGUGGAACAAAGUACACCAAGUCAUUUCCAGAAUGAUUGCAGAAAACGAAAAGUACAGACAGAGACUGGAGCGCCAACAUUUCUCCAGUGAAAUUCCAGUUUCUACAAGAUGA